CUCCUGGGUGCCGAGGGUUCAAGCCAUUUGGGAGGCGGGAAGGGCAAGUCUCCCUCCCCAAGUUCCAACUCUUGAGAGUUGAGGAAGAGGGUGGAAGAUAAACGGGGUGCGGGGCAGGAGAGCUAUUCCCAAAUCCUCCCCACACAGUCGGGGCUCUAAAACAAAGAUAAUUACCCAACAUUCACCUACAGAUCAGACCUGGCGCCAAAGCAAGGUAUUCAUCUGUCCCCAAAACCUGUAAGUCUGGGUAACCAGAGUUCCUGGUGGAAUCUCCCAGGUCUUACUCUCCUGAGAGCCUCAUUUGUGUUACAGCCGCCCGGGAUGCUGGCAUGGGUAGGAAUAGGGGAUUUUAGGGGUGGACGCAGAGGGCACAAGUGCUGGAGUUCUGCCCUAGUGCGCCAGUCCGUCCCUCGUCUGAAGGCGGAGCGCCAGGGCCGAAAAAGUUGAAAAUGACUUGAAAUGGAAGUCGGAGACGACACCAGGCUGGGUUUAUGGAGUCACAACCUGAUCAGCAAUUGAGUUAGAAUGGGGAAUUGUAAGAGACUCCGGACAAAGUGCAUGGUUUUGGUGACAGGACGUCUACGUCUGGACCCGGUUCCUGACCUAUUCCCACGACCAGGAUCGCUUGAAACUCGAUCGAGCAUCAACACCCCUGUGUACCUCCACCAAGAUGGCUGCUCUUGGACACACGCUGCCCUUCUACACUGGCCCCAAGCCAACCUUCCCAAUGGACACCACUUUAGCUGUUAUUAUCACAAUCUUCCUGACUGCCCUGGUCACCUUCAUCAUCAUCCUGCCUGGCAUCCGUGGGAAGACAAGGCUGUUCUGGCUGCUACGGGUGGUGACCAGCUUAUUCAUCGGGGCUGUGAUCCUGGUUCUGAGUGGUCUGUGGGCCAUAUCAACACCAACACAACCUACAAAGCCUUCAGUCCCAAGCGGGUCAGCGUGCACGUGGGACUGCAGAUUGGGCUCGGAGGACUCAACAUCACCCUCACAGGGACCCCAGUGCAGCAGCUGAAUGAAACCAUCAACUACAAUGAGGAGUUCACAUGGCGCCUGGGCAAGAGCUAUGCAGAGGAGUAUGCCAAGGCCUUGGAGAAGGGCCUUCCAGACCCGGUGCUAUACCUGGCUGAGAAGUUUGCCCCUCGAAGCCCUUGUGGCCUGUACAACCAGUACCGCCUGGCAGGACACUACGCCUCAGCCAUGCUGUGGGUAGCAUUCCUCUGCUGGCUGCUGGCCAAUGUGAUGCUGUCUAUGCCAGUGCUGGUUUAUGGUGGCCACAUGCUGCUGGCCACUGGCCUCUUCCAGCUGUUGGCACUGUUCUUCUUCUCCAUGACCACGUCACUCAUGUCCUGCCCGCUGCGCUUGGGCACUGCUGUACUGUACACUCACCAUGGGCCUGCUUUCUGGAUCACAUUAGCCACAGGACUGCUGUGCAUUCUGCUUGGCCUGGUCAUGGCAGUGGCCCACAGGAUGCAACCUCACAGACUGAAGGCUCUUUUCAACCUGAGCUCAGAGGACCCCAUGUUGGAGUGGGGCUCUGAAGAAGGGGGACUCCUGAGCCCCCACUACCGGUCCAUAGCUGAGAGUCCGGAGACUCAGGACAUUCCCAUGUCAGAGGCUUCCUCUGAGACGUGUCUUAAAGAGGAAUGCCUCAAAGAGUCCGACUGUUCCCUGUAAUGCUCUUCUGGUGGAUACUGAGUUUCCAGACUGGCUGCAGGCAUCACUGGAGCCCACACAAAACCAGCAGAACUGCCCAGGAAGUGGGUUUGGGUUGUGUCAUGUGCUCCAAUUUGUUGAUGUAACAGAGCAGGGAGACACAACCUACUAAUGCAAAAAAUAAAUGAACAAAAGUCCCAAGGUUCUGAA